GGCCAGGCGCUGCCCCUUCGGCUCCGAGCUGACCCCGAGGAGGGCAGUGUCAUCUCGGCGGCGCUGUAGAGACCUCCACCCAAGACAGCUCCCCCUCCCCGGGCCUUUCCCGUCUUGCCCGCGAGCCCUCUCGCCUCGUAGGCCUCUCGGUUCUAAUAUCUUGGGGUGAGGUGAGAGCAGGCCCGGGGAGGGUGGUUACCGCUGAGGAGCUGCAGUCGCAAUCAAGGUGAGCUCGGAUUUCGGGGUUGACCUCGGAGUGCGGAUGAUAGAGGUAGUGACAACAACUGACUCUCAGAAACUGCUACACCAGCUGAAUGCCCUGUUGGAACAGGAGUUGAGAUGUCAGCCAAAGGUCUGCGGCUUGAGACUAAUUGAAUCUGCACACGAUAAUGGCCUUAGAAUGACUGCAAGACUGAGGGACUUUGAAGUAAAAGAUCUCCUUAGUCUAACUCAGUUCUUUGGCUUUGACACGGAGACAUUUUCUCUAGCUGUGAAUUUACUGGACAGAUUCCUGUCUAAAAUGAAGGUACAGCCCAAGCACCUUGGGUGUGUUGGACUGAGCUGCUUCUAUUUGGCUGUAAAAUCAAUAGAAGAGGAAAGGAAUGUCCCAUUGGCAACUGACUUGAUCCGAAUAAGCCAGUAUAGGUUCACGGUUUCAGACUUGAUGAGAAUGGAAAAGAUUGUGUUGGAGAAGGUGUGUUGGAAAGUCAAAGCUACUACUGCCUUUCAGUUUCUACAACUCUAUUAUUCACUCCUUCAAGAGAACUUGCCAUAUGAAAGGAGGAAUAGCCUUAAUUUUGAAAGACUAGAAGCUCAACUUAAGGCAUGCUACUGCAGGAUCAUAUUUUCUAAAGCAAAGCCAUCUGUGUUGGCAUUGUCUAUCAUUGCCUUGGAGAUCCAGGCACAGAAGUGUGUAGAGUUAACAGAAGGAGUAGAAUGUCUUCAGAAACAUUCCAAGAUCAAUGGCAGAGAUUUGACUUUCUGGCAAGAGCUCGUAUCCAAGUGUUUAACUGAAUAUUCAUCAAACAAGUGCUCCAAACCAAGUGUUCAGAAGUUGAAAUGGAUUGUUUCUGGGCGUACUGCACGGCAACUGAAGCAUAGUUACUACAGAAUAACCCACCUUCCAACGAUUCCUGAAUUGGUCCCUUAAUUGGAUUCUUACAGCAACAAAAAACUCUUCUGAAGCCUUUCUCCACAAUCCUGAGCUGUGGAUUCCAUAAUGUUAUAACGGAUUUAAGCUGUGAAGCCUCAAAACAUCACAAGUAGAUUAACAUUGGUGUUCUCAGAUUUGGGAAAACUGCCUAAUUAACAUUACCCUAUAGUGGAAUUACUCACAUUUGAAUUCACCUGUGAAGCAUACAAAUCAAAGCUAACAGCAUAAAUGUGAAAUGCUAAUGACAAGCCUGGGAAGGUAAACUGUGAAUCUUCAUUUCUAACAUUGAUCCAACUUUCUGUAUUGGGUCAAUAUAUUGUAUUUUAGGUGGUGUUAAAAAUGGUAACCUACUUAAUUUAAAUUUAAACUUUAAAUUUAAAUAUGAGGUUUACAUCAAAACCACCACUUCACAAAUGCACUUUUAAGGCAUAAUAAGGGUCAGUAUUCUAGGCAGUGAAAAUGGUUUCUUGGCACUCAUAAUGCAAGUAAUAUAUAAUCCAGAGAUGUGGACUUUAUUGCUACAUGGGAAUCACAUUUAAAUUUGAGGGCAUUUUAUAUAAAGCAAAACUACAGACCUAUUAAUUUCAGCAUAUUAAGUUAUCUUUAAUAUUUUUCUAUUAAACAGGUGAUGUUUAUAUCCAUGAUUUAAAAAGUUUUAUACAAAAUUUACUGCCUCAGUCUAGUCCCAUCAAGAAAAUUAGAAAAUUAGUUUUUAUUGUAGUAGUAACUCAAAACAAAUUAACGUCACUCUGAAAACUUUCUGAUUUAACACUCCAGAAGUUUUUACUAAGCACUGUUUUUAUGAAACUGUCAUUGCUUCUAAUUUAGAAUUUUGCUUAAAAGGGAGAGAAUAUACUUUCAUUAAUUGCCCCUACUGUGCCAAAAGAAAGUAUUAAGAAAGGUAAGUAGGCAUCUUCAUAAUUAUAAGGUUGCUGAGGUAGUGUUCAGGAUUUCAGUGAACCUAAGGAGAUCUGUGUUAAAGUGUUAUAAACAGUUAGUGGAAUGUGUAGCCUGAAUCCAUCCAGGAUGCCUGUACCCAAAUUUGACAUCAUGUUAUGGAGAGAUAUGCAUUGGAAAAUAAACCAAAGAACCACAGUGUAUCUUAUACUUUUGUAAACCAUGUUUUAUGGAUAACUUUCCAGUUUUCCCAAAAGACUGAUAAAUUUCAAUAUUUUGAAUACAUCAGUGUUAAUUUUGAGUUGGCAGAGGUAACCUAACCAACUACCAUUAUGUUUUGGUACUAAGGGAUAUACCUUUCAAUAAAGUUACUGAAAUGCA